AUGAAGCGAUUUUCAGUUUUAUCUAUGGACGGCAUAGGAGUAGCUCUACGGAGUGUUAUUUCUCGAGUCAAAGAUGCAACGGCUAAACGGCCAAGUGUAAGUCAGAGCGUCGACAAAAAACAUUGUUUAAUUUAAUCUGAAGGUUUUAUGUUACGUUUUCUCUAAUUUACUGUGGCAUCCUUUUUUACAGUAGUAAGCUUAGUUACGUUAGGACGGAAAGUUUACAUGAAUUGCACGGGCAAUCUGCAGUUUUCGAGAUAGUCAACAACCCGUAAUUGACAGUCUUUUAAGUCUGAUGUUAUUUGAUUUGAGCUUUGAAAGCUCAAAUCAAAUAACAUGCGAUGACCUAGUCCAUUACGUAACGGACUGAAAACCCUCUCUAGAAAGAUAUAUUAUUUUGUCAUUGGUAUCUGUUUCAUAUUAGUGGAUUCAAAGUUUAAAUUUGAGUUUGGGAGCACUUGUGCUACCAGGUGUAAAAUUUUAGGCGCACUGCGGAAAGUUUAGGCGCACGGCUGAAGAUUUUAGGAGCACAGUUUAAAAUGUUGGAAGCAUCUAUUUCAAAAAAAAGAAAGAAAAAGGAAAAAGUGUAACAGUGCGACAUUUACAUGUCAUCUUCAGUUUGUUACCUUUAUUUCAGUUCCGUGAUUGAUAAAACACAACCGAUUUGUUACACAAUAAUACUGUUGUGAUAUUUAAUACUAAUUUCUCUUUUUGACAGUACAGCUAUGACUAAAGAAAACAUAAACUUGAAAAAAAAUAUUGAAACAGCCUGGUUGUGCUAUUUCUACAUUACUUUCACUUUCAUUGCUGAAGCUACUGUUUAACAUCUUUCUAGUUUGAGUACGUAAGUAUGGUCAGAAGCAAAUCAAUCGCACUCUGCUUUGGGUCUUAUGGCGCACAGGUGUGAUUAUACAUUAAUUUUUAGGCGCAGAACCAAAAAUCCAGUCACAUAUUCGACCAGUUAGUUUUUAACUUUGAGCCCUGAAAACACCUACACUGUUUCCUUAUGCACAUGGCACAUGGCAUAGUCUUUAAUUUUCCCAAUGGUAGGAAACCAGGCUAGCCUGCUUGGCAGGCACAAAAAGGGAAGGGGAGAGGGAGAAAGCAUUUAAAGGAAAAGGGAAGGGAGCACCUGCUAUAAGAGCAAGCGUUUUUGUAUUCUGCCGACCAAUUUCCAGACUAAUCCGAUAACAUCAACUGUCAAUACGUGACCAAUCACAAGUAGGGAGCGCUUCUCAGCAUGAUGCGAACUUUAUAAAUUACUUUGUUUACCGGAAAUUGUCCAGUUGAGAAGCUUUUUUCAAAUUUUUAUCAUGGGUGGGUGUAGUGUUUUAGGACGCCAGAAGACACUAAGUCAAUCACACAGUCGGACACAAAGUCAACAUGCUUUCUUUACUUCAUCUUCACUGCUUAACUUACAAUUCCUGGAUGCCAGUACCCAGUACACCACAAUCCCUCCUUUUCUUGAGGAACAAGCUUAAACGGCUGGCAAAAGAAAAACAGCCAAUGAAAUAAGGAAACCGUAUACUAAACACUCGCAUAGCUAAAUGAAACAAUGUUCACUGUCCAUAAGAACAAAGGAAGAAUCUGUCAUCUUACUUCUUCAAAGCUAUCAACUUAAACAAAGUCAAUGAUUGUUUAUAAUAAAUAAUCUGAAUGAGUUCCCUUAAAGUUUAUUCAAGUACAUAAUCUUCCAGAGCUCUCAGGGGCUGACUAACCCUCCCAGAGCAACGCGGGGUGGCCGUGGGCACACUUUCCAUAGCCUCCGACUUUUCUUGUGGGUUGGGAUCCACGUGAUAUCUGGACUUGAAAGUUGAUCAGGCCAGUCUGGGUUGUCUCGUGUACUGUAGUCACUGUCUGGAAUUGCUAAUGGCUUAACAUGCUGCAACUCCCUGAGGGGACUGCAAAACAACCUGGUCACCAUGAUGACAGGUAACUGUAUAAGGCUCACUUUCAUAUGGUGUAGACAACUUGUUCUCUUUCCUUUUUUCAAGCAGAGCUGCAUCUCUUAUGCCCACAGAUCUUUCUUUCGCGUGGUAUCUUCUAUCAGCAUCAUCUUUGGAUAGCUGUUCCUUUUCCGAAUCUCUGUCUCUGACUUGUUGAAAAACCACCUUCCCCUGCUGUUCUUCAUCUGCUUCUUUAAGCUUGGGUAACUUAGUUGUCAGCUUUCUCUUGAAAAUCAGCUCUGCUAGGCCGACUCCAGUAGUGGAAUGGUUAGUUCACUGAUAUGCUAGUUAAAACUUGUUGAGCUCAGCCUGCCAAUGUUUGCCUUCUGCUUGGGAAACUCUCAUCGCCUUUAGGAGUGACCAUUCCUCAUGCUCAACCAUGCCAUUGGCCCUGGGCCACAAAGGUGUGGUGUAGUGGUGCGCAACACCCAUUUUCUCUAGGUAAUUCUCCAUCUCCUUAGACACAAGAUUAGGACAAUAUUAUCUGUCCCUAGACCAUCAGGUACACCAAAUAGAGCAAAAUGGUUGUCUAGGCACUUGAUGAUAGUGGCACUCGUUGUACUACAAAUAAUAUCCACUUUCAUCCAUCUGGAGAAAUAGUCUACCACUACCAACAAAUACCCUCCCCCAGGCAGUGGUCCUAGCAAGUCCAGGGCUAUCUCUUGCCAUGCUCUGUCAGGUAACUUUGUGGGCUUAAUUGGUGGGGGUGAGACAUGUUUGUUAACUAGCUGACAGUCAAAACACUCUCUAUGUUGCUUCUUGGCGUGUCGGUCGAUCCCGGGCCACCAUACUUUGGACCUUAAGUGCUCUGUAUGUUCACAAUGCCCUGAUGCCCCUCAUGGGCUAGAUCAAGAACUCUCUUCUGAAGUUUUUCUGGGAUUACAAUUCUUAUUCCUUGUAACCCUACCUGGCCAAGUUAAGUUAGUUCAUUGCAUGCCACUGCAAAAUCCUUAGGCACUUUGCUCUAGUCACCACUCUGCAAACAUACUUGAACAACCUUUAGGUCUUCAUCUUCUCUGGAGGCUUCCUUUAUUUCCUCAGUUCUCAAGGCCACUGGUACCACUUGUAGAGUGACUUCCCGUACAUAUUGUUUGUCUUGAAUGUACCCCUGUGAUGCUUGGAUUUUUUGUUAGAUUGGAAAGUGCAUCAGUAAUGUUGUUCCUUGAUGAGACAAAGCACACUCUGAGACAAGUCCCAACCAAGUUCCCUGAUUGGGACUUGUCUCACUCUCCCAAAUUUGGGAUUUUUGUGGGUAUUCUUUAAAUACCCUAAAAUAUCCAAAAAUGGGAAUCCGUUGUUUUUUCCUGUGUAUAUAAGGCUGUAAUCACAAUACCCAUUGUUUAAUACGUGCUGAUGGCUUUGAUCUUGGGCCAUAUAUGGUCUUCAAGGCUUGGUGGCCAGUCACUAGGUCAAACUCAGGCAAGCCAUUCAGAUACAAAUCAAACCUUUCACAUGCUCAUACCAGAUCUAAAGCUUCUUUUUCAGUUUGACUAUACCUCCUCUCUACACAAGACUCCUGCUUGCAUAGCACACUUUAAAUCCCUUUUAAUCCCUUCAAUUUAAAGAAAUCCUCUUCCCCCAUCAAAUUGCUCACUGACCCUGAAUCAAUCAACAUUUCCUGGACAAAACCAUCGAUACUCACAUUCAUCAUAGACUCACUUAAAAUCGACACCAUGCACACCUCCUCGAGUGUGUCCUCCAUUACAGCAAAUGCAAAUGCUGGAUUCCUUUACUUGCAACUGACAUGCCCGUCCUCCUCGCAGUAACCUCCCUCUUGGUUUGUUUGUCUUCCAGCUCCUUUUUUGCCAUUGCUAGCUCUUUUCUGUUGGCUGUCUCUACCACAUUCCAACGGAGAGUGAUUUCCUUUGCAAGAAGCGAAAUGGCCAUGUUUUGAACACUUAGCACACUUUCUUCCUUUUACUGGACAACAUGAAUCCCAAGCGAAAUAUCCCUUCUUCCGACAACUGAAACAUGUUUUCCUGACUGGUCCUGGCCCUUUCUUCUCUUUUUCUGAUGGCAUUAACACUCACUUGGGCUAUCAUGCACUGCAUUUGUUGUUUGGCUGCUUCUGAAGCUCUUGCUUUUUCGCGAACCACAUCAAAAGUGAUGUUUCUUGCUUCCAACAAUUUCUUUUUCAGCUCCAUAUCGAUUAACUUCUUGAUUAAUAUUGGUCUUGCAAAUUUUCAUCUAAUGCCGCCCACACCAAAAUUACAGUGUCUUGGCUGUUGGCGAAGAUGCACUAGGUAUUCAUACACCUGCUCCCCUUCAUUUGGCACCAUUUGUCUCAACAUGUGUUGCUUGAAUGGUAUGUUUUCUUCAGCACAAAAAUGGUGAUCCAAUUUCCUAAUGCACACAGUGUAUGGAUCCUGAUUUUCAUUAGCUGGGUCAGGGUUUGCAAUAUCCUCGAAAAUAUCCUGAACUUCCAUUCCCCUUCCAUUCCCGCAUAAAGUAGAAGCUGGGAAGUUUUCUUUUGCGUAUUAUCCAAACCUUUUCCUUCGGCGUAAUACUCGAAUGCCUGUUUCCAUUUUCGUGAUUUCUGAGCAACUUGAGACGAUGAUCCUGAUAGAUCAGACGGGGGCAAGACUCUCUCUGACAUUUUAUCCUGCACUCAUCGCCAAUGUUGUGUUUUAGGACACCUGAGAGGACACUAAGUCAAUCACACAUUCGGACACAAAGUCAACAUGCUUUCUUUACUCCGUCUUCACCACUUAACUUACAAUUCCCGGGUGCUAGUACCCAGUACACCACAGUGGGGGAAUUUAGCAAGGCAAAUUACCUUGGGUGAAGUGCUUGUCAGUGGAAAAUUCACCCGUAUCCGUCUCAUACAACUGGGUUUUGUUGCGCACAACUUUUAACAAAGACCACAAGCACUGACCACUGAAAAGCACUCCCAUGCUCUGAUCCUGCCAGCUAUGCUGGCCAUGAUAACUGGGGAUAAAAUUUUAUUCAUUCAUUUGGGCUUAGAGAACCAAUGUGUUAUCUAUUAUUCAAAAACUCAGUGUAAUCAUGGUACAAUAAAAUAACACCUGAAAACAGUUUAAUGGAUCGAUGCAUGAGGGGGAGACUGAUUUGUCUGGACUAUAUAACCUGCAAUAAUCUUCCUCACAGUGCUUUAUGAAAUUAACUAUGUUGAUGAUUUAUUGUCAUUUAUAAUAAAUUUCAUCAUAAUAAAUUAAAAAAUAUCCUAGUGAAAAUUUUAUUUAAAAAUUACCUAGUUUUAAAAAAAUGAUACCAGGUUUAAAAUCAAAUCUACCUGUCGUGAGGAAAAAAAAUUACACGCAACAUUGACAUUACCUGCUUUGAUUAAAUUUAAGGAGCUUCCUAAAACUGUUCCUCGUCUUGUUGCUGUCAGCAAACUAAAGCCUUUAGAGUGUAUUGUGGAAGCUUACCAGCAUGGUCAACGACAUUUUGGAGAAAACUAUGUAAGUGGAGGACAAUUCUAGAACCAAUGAGAAAGCCUGUUGUAUAUUUCCAGUGUUUAUGUUUCAUAGCAAGAUGGCCAAUGAGAGGUUUUUAAAAAAAGACUCUGCUUAUAGUUAUGGAAAAUUGUGAUUAACCAGCUAUAAAAUUAUGAACAUCUUAUUCAUAUAAUAAUGAAACUGUCUUAUUCCUACAAGUUGCAUUUUAUAUUUCCAGGUUCAAGAACUAAUAGAAAAAUCUAAUGACCAAAAGGUAGGCUUAAAAUUUCACCUGUACCUUAUUCUUGUCUUGAAUGCCCAUCUAGAUGUGAAACUAUGUUUCUGUAAUUUGUAGCCAGCGAUGUAAUCUUCUUUCAUUUCCUUAUUGGUCUGUUCCCUAGUCUAGUUCUGCCCCUGCCUUUGUCAUUAAACAUGACUCUCUCUGUAUGUGCAUGGUAGCAGUUGUAGCCACUUUCUGUUAAUAAUGUAAUCAUCAUUUUAUAUACAAUAUAAAUAUCAUCAGUUUUCAGUGGGAGUAUAAGGCUCAUACUGAGCUUUCUUGUCCUUCGUGAUCACUUCAUUAUUGAAGUUAUUUUAAAAGAUUAAUCCUAAUGAAAUAUGGUGUUUUUGUCUUUUUUUUUAGGUGCAGGAGCUUCCAGACAUAAGAUGGCACUUUAUUGGUCACCUUCAGAGUAACAAGUGUAAUAACCUUGUAGGUAAGGUACAAAUAAUAUGAGUGAGUAGACUACAUUUUACAAGCAGUUCCUUAUGCUGGUGAGUAAAUCAAGUGAUUAAACAGACAGUGACUACCCAAGGGAAAACUGUGGUUUCCUUCUAGGCUCGUUUGCUUGAGACUCGGCUUGAUAAGAUUGCCUGAAAGCUUUAAUAGAUCAAUAUGCCAAUAAAUUGGUGUACAUGUCCGCCUUGCUUUCAAUGACCUAAGAAAGCGAGCCUUACAUUGUCCCAGAGUUCCUGGCGUGUAUACUCAGGGUUGUCAAAAGUAGCCGGCUGCCAGAGAUAAUCGCCACCUACUUGGUUAACUAGUAUUGGCCGGCUACUCUGCUUGGCAUUUCUUUACGGAUGGCGUUUUUUAAAUAAAAUAUCCCUGGACUGGAUGCUUACUUUGACAACUCAGCUGUCUACUUCAAAACUUUCUGACAACCCUGAUACUAAGUGGCCUGUAUAAAUGGCCUGUGAUACUACAUUCCCGCCAUACAAUAGAGUAAAAGCCCAGACAAACAUGGCUGGCUACUGGUCCACAUAAGGUACAGAAACUAAGGUAAGUAACUAACAAUGCAAAUUCAUGUCCAACUGACCAAUGACUGUUUGUUCACUGGAUCCUGUCCGGUAACACGUGGUUCGGAUAUUUGCUCCUGAGAUAUUCAUUCGCGCUUCGACGAGGCCUGGAGCUACAACUACUGGCAUUCAGUGGCAGAGGUGGCUGAGGUGCCUCCUCUAUGCACUCUGUGGGUGGUUCCAUUCUGUCCAGAGGAUCUGAGAGCCCCACCUUGGGUAACCUCUUUCUCAGGACGUUCCUGCAGCCUUGGUAGCUUCCUUGCCUUAAGCUCUGCCCUGGGCUUGUGACCAGAAUCUGGCCCUAGCUUUCACCUGCCUGCCUCCUUCAGAGUCUGGCAGUUUACCUUCUUGAAAUGUGCCGUCUACCUUGUAACGGUGCUGCCACCUCUCCUUUUGACCACAGCUUGUGCUCCCUUUCUGUGCUGCACCUUCAGCGGCUCUCCCUCAUAGGGCGGUGAGGCUUUGCUGCUGAGUUCUUGUUUCACCAGCACUGCAUCCCUAACCUGUAUAUCUGAGGUUUUCGUGGUCUUCUUUCUGUCUGCAUGCGCCUUCAUUUGCAUUUUCUCUAGGUCGCGCUGAAAUAGAUCCUCGAAAUCCAGUUGUCGAGGGAUAACUCCUACCGGCAACUUUGUGCGGAACUUGCAACGGGAACAUCAGUUGUGCUGGGGCUAGCUUGGUGGUCCCCUGUGGCGUUACUCGAUAGCAGUGUUAAGAUCGGUGCACUUCUUACCUGAAGACCUACCCAUAUAGUCGUCAUAUACGGUAUAGCUUCCUAAGCACCGACAUAAACUGCUCUGCUUCAGCAUUGGCCUGAGGGUUCUUGGGUGGCUUGUGCUCAUGCUUGAAGCCCAGGUACUUGCUGAAGUUCAGGAAGUCAUGUCCAUUGAAUAGAGGUCCAUUGGCGCUGCCAGCCAUAAGAAUGUGUGGUCCAGCUUUGGUAUAACUGCUCGGGCACUUGUGGUACUUACAAACUCUACUUCAACCCACCGUGAAUGUUGCAUAUGACAACGAGAAGGUAUUCACCUGUGUUGAUAGGUCCCCAGAAGUCUAUGGCCACUUCCCUCCAGGGUUCACUCGGUAGUGGUGACAUCCGCAGUGGCUCACGCUCAUUUGCUGGCGUCACUACCUGACAUGGGUGGCAGUGCUGAAUGUGGGCUUCCACCAUCCAGUCCAAACCUGGAAACCAGACCCUAGUCCUAGAUAUCCCUUUUACUACUUUGUUGUGAAGUGACUUGAAAGACCCUCGCACAACCACUCCUCCUGCUACUGCUAGCUCUGUAGAGACUGGGUCAAACUGGGGCCUAAGGGCUUGCCGUUCUAGUGCAGUGAAGUACCCCCUCACUAUCGCACCCUUAAGCUCUUUGAGUUCCGCCUCCUGACUUGUCUCCUCUAGGAGCUCAUCCCAUGAUACUGCAUCUGGCAGUGCCGCUUGCACCACUGCCCUGAUGUCCUUCUCAAACAAUUCUUCUUCUUCACGAACAGUGAACUCUGUCUGGUGUACUGCCCUGGAAUCCUACGUUGUAAGUGGUCCCAGGUGCCUGGAGUUUCAAUCUGCUUUAUUAGUGUCCGCCUUUGCUUUCUUUCCAGGUACAUAAUUGAGCUUGUAAUCAAACCCCUGCAGGCGAACUCUCAUUCAUUCAAUUCUAAGUGGCCUAGUGACUUUGUUUCUAGCAAACAGAGGCAGUAGGGGUUUGUGGUCAGUGUCUACCUCAAACGUAUCUCUGAGCCCAUAUAAGUAGAUCUGGUUUGCGAGCAUGCCCCAUUCAACAGCUUUUGCUUCCUUCUCAAGCUGCGAGUAUCUGGUCUCGGUAUCCGUCAUAGUCCUAGAGCGAGAGGUUAUGGGUCUCCACCGCCUGGCAUGGGGUUCAUACUGCUUCAGUGUAACUGCUAAACCAUGGGGUCCCGCAUCUGUCCUGAGUUUGGUCUCUCAAUGUGGAUCAAAUUAUGCCAUUACCGUGUCCCCUGGCAGCAGCGGUUUGGUUUGCUCAAACGCUCUCUGGCACUCAGGUGUCCACUGAAUAGGUGCCCCCUGUUUGAUGAGGUCUCUUAGUGGUGCGGUGAUCUGCGCAAAACCCUGCAUGAGGUCUGCGUUAGCUCCUGCAAAGAAAAGGAACGAUUGCAUCUCUGCUUAAGAUUGGGGCGGGCCUGCUCCCUGCAAUGCUGCCACCUUGUUAGGGUCCGGCGAAAUUCCUUCACUGGAGAAUACUUUGCUAAAAAAUGUCAUCGAUCCUAGGUUAAACUGACCCUUCUUCAUGUUAAGGGUCAGUCUGUGGCUCCGCCAUCGUUGCAAGAUAUGUUUCAAUCCCUGGUCAUGUUCCUCCUAUGUGGCACCAAAGACCAAGAGGUCAUUGUAGAUGCUGAUGGCAUUAGGUUCGAGGGAUACGACUUUGCGGACCUCCUCAUUGAAUAUCUCCGCUGCACUGUUCACUCCAAAGUGCAGCCUCUUGAAACGUUUGAGUCCGCGAUGUGUGUAAAACGUUGUCAGCUUUCUGCUCUCUUCUGCUAACUCUAGCUGCAUGUAACCAUUGUUCAUAUCCAGGUGUGAAAAGAACUUGGCUCCAUUCAGCCGGGUUUCCAGUUCCCUUUGGGUGGGUAUGGUGUGCCAUGUCCUCUUGAUGUACUUGUUAACGUCCUUCGUUUCUAGACUGACCCUAACACUUUCACCGUCCUUCUUAGGAGUGAGUAUCACGUUACUGCACCAAUCUUUCGGACCGUCUCCUACAUCCGCUAUGAUGUCUAGAGUGUGCCACCUGUCCAAGAUUUGAUCAAACUUCUCUUUCAGGGGUAUGGAUACUCUUCUUUGUUUCAGAAUAGCGCCUGUGUCCUUGGGCACUACAUGCAUCUUUACAGUCACACCUUUCAGUUUUCCUAUACCAGUAAAGACAUCCUCAUACUCUGCGAUCAAGUUUUUUAUCUCUUGUCGUUCCACCUCCAUUACUGGGGAAGUGGCUUUUGUUGUCUGCUCGCUGUGAUACUCUAUGAGGCCCAUGUUUUCGGCUGCCUAACUUAGGAGUGCAGUGUUCCCUUGGCCUUUUACUACACAGACAACUUCGACAAUGCUCUUUUAAUUUCGGCUUAGAGAGGCGGUGAAGCAGCCUAGUAAAGGUAGCAACAGUCCUGGUCCAUCUCCGGAGUAACUCCUAAUGAGCGCUUCUGUGGGCUGGAGGCGGCUUGUUUCUUUAACCAUUUAAACCCUAAUAUCAAAAUUGAGAUUCUCAUUUACUGUCCCUAUACUUUUUCAAUAGACGUAGUAGGGAGAAUUUGUUGAAAUAUCAAUUAGACUCAUCUUCCCUGGUCAUGUCCGUAAAACUCAAGACCACUCUGUUUUAUAGAGCAUUGAUAUUACAAGGAGAAAUUUGACGCUGAUCACUCUUACGGUUUAAAGGGUGAAGGCUCUCAAAAUGUUUCUCCGUGAUGCCAUGACGUCUGCUUGCAUGUUUAGGUGUAACGUGACCGGGAUCGUAUUUACCUGCAAUGUCACAGUAGGGUUCGAUGACUUUUCCCCGGUUACUCGGUAAAGGUAGACCUCUUCGGUUACCUCACUUUCCUCCUCUGGGUGUCUCGCGCUUGGGUCCGGCUCACUCUCUAAAGCUCUGACUUGCCUACCAAAACGAUUCGGCUUUCUGCUGGGACACACUCUAGCAAAAUGAUUGCUCUUUCCGCACCUGGGGCAGUUCUUACCCCAAGCAGGACCCAUUUGGUGGGCUUCUUUUCCACAUCCAGUGCAAGCUCUCGGGCCUGUUAUUCCCCAUACUGUACCGUCUUGGCCGCGUGAUCUUGUUCACCUCGUUGCUGCCCUUUGCACUCUGCUGUUCACCUCCUCAGGCUGUAGAGUCGUCACCUGCCAUCAUCUCACUUCCCUGCUUGGCCAUUUCAAACGCCUUUGCGGUUUGGCGCACCGAUUUCAGAUCUUUAUUCUUUCGGAUCAAUUUGUUACGUAGCUCUCCAUUUCUCGUUUUGACCACUGCGAGCAUGACGAUAGCGUUUUCUAUAGGUAUCGGGAACUCGCAGUGUAGCCCUUGUUCUCUGCAUUUCGUUUGAAAGUCCGCGAACGGUACCUCAGUGGGCCAGUCGAUGUUGAAGAACUUGUAUAACUCUAAAGUAUUGUUUCGGUUUGCCUCAAAAUGGUUGUUUAGCUCUUGAAUAUGCGACUCGUAAUUCCUAGGCUGCUCCUUAACUUUUCGAUUAAUUUCUGGAGUUCCUCUCCGCCCACUAUCAGGAACAGAUCAAGCUUAUCCGUGUCACUCACUGCCAUCCAUCUCAUUGCCCGCUCAAAUCGAUCUCACCACAGCUUCCACGCUUUCGCGGAUUGGCCCAGCUCCCCUUUCAGAUUAAUGCCGCUCACGCUCGCCUUAACACUUGCCAGGACUCCCGCUUUACCUCUAUGUGUAUUGUUUUCUUCUUGUGCCCCUUCGUUUUGCAUUGUAUCCCGUUCUCGUCGCCAAUUUAAUAGAUCAAUAUGUCAAUAACUUGGUGUACAUGUCCACCAUGCUUUCAAUGACCUUAGCAACCGAGCUUUACGUUGUCCCAGAGUUCCUAGCGUGUAUACCAAGUGGCCCGUUUGAGCCGCUUGCGCUACUACCAAAGCCACUGCUUGUUCUUAAAUUACAAUGAUCAGCGAAUCCUGUUCCACUCAGAGUUAUGAGCUCCUAUAAAUUUUAUUAUUAUUAUUCAAAAUAUUUCCCCUUUCUGGCCCCGGUUGUUCAAACGUUGGAUAACGCUAUCCAGCGGAUAAAUCACUAUCCAGCGGAUAGCGUAAUUGAUUUCCGUAAUACUUAUCGGCUGGAUAGUGAUUUAUCCGGUGGAUAGCGCUAUCCAACGUUUGAACAACCGGGGCCAGAUCGGUUAAAACCAAACGCAUUAUUUACCAUAACCAGCUGCUGCUGGCCAAAUUUUGAAAAAAUUUUGUCAUAUUGAACCGAGGACGUCAAAAUGACGUCAAAAGUGCGGCCUGCUUGCAGGUUAUUGAACCAUUGACCGAGAAAACCUGGGGAUGAGGUUGAGUUGUUUUGGUAGUUAGAACAAAAUGGUGGAACUGUCACGAAACAUUUUACUCGUUUCACGGCGAAAUAUUGUCAAAAAACAUCGCAACAAGACAACUCGACGGACAACAUCUGCUAUUUGGAGUAUAUCUGCAGACGUUAGCAGGCCUUAAUCUCCUAAACUUCCCGAUAAAGAUGCAUUAUCUAUAUGAACUUACAUCGACCAAGGUUUGCAUGUCUUAGCUGGUUUUUAAACUUGGAAUUAUUUUGAAGGAAUAAUAGAACAAUUAUUGAAUUCGGCUUUCGUAGGAUAUGAGGAAUUCUGCAGAUCUCGGAGGGUGUUAUCCACUUCAGCCUUCGGCCUCGGUGGAUAACACCCUCGUCGAGCUGCCGAAUUCUUCAUAUCCUACUCAGCCUCAGUCAAUAAUUGCUGAUUAUUGUUAUGUUAAGGCUAACUUGCUUUUCAGCUGGUUUACUUAACUGACAGAAGUACCGUGAAACGUGAAAUUUUUGCGGGAGUAUAUUUAUGCAGGUUGGCGAUUUUUUGUGUUUUGCGGAAACUAAUUUUUGUGAUUAGGACAGACUGGUUGUCUUGCUGGGAAUUAACUUUUGCAAUUUUUCGAAAGUUAUUGAUAAUAGUUUCGUUUUUUAUUGAGUAGGUGGAAUUGAAUUACACCUUUUCAAACAAUACUAUGGUGUGCAUUUCCUAUGUAAAACCAGUAAAACAGAUUACUUCUCUUUGCCAUUGGAUUACAAUAACACCUGCGGUGGCUGAUUGUUUUGUUGAUCGAAUUUAAGUUAGAAAAUAUUUAAUCUGGAGUAACUGUUUGCAGAAAAAUUGUUUGCGGUAAUUUUUUGGGGAAAACUUAUUUUUGAAAAGUUGUUAAAAUUGCAAAAAAUUUUAUUCCACAUAGUAGUAGUCUAAGUAUUUGUUUAAUAUUUAGGUGUACCCAAUCUUUUUAUGGUGGAGACUGUAGACAGUGCAAAACUUGCAAGUGCACUAAGCUCUUCAUGGGGUAAGCAGAACAAGCAAAAUCCUCUUAAUAUCAUGGUACAAGUUAACACCAGUGAGGAAGAUAGUAAGUAUGUUUAUUUUUCUAUUAUUACUAUUAUUAUUGUUGUUGUUGUUAUUAUUAUUAUUAUUAUUAUAAAUGUUAUCAAGGACUCAUUGUCAUCUGUAAAUGCUAUUUGGUCAGAGGCCCAGUCUCAUCUACCCAAGAACAUUUACAAUUUUACAUCAGCUACAUCAACAACUCCCUCCCUACACGUAAGAUUAUGGCAAGAUGGGGAUUAUCACAAAUUUCUGAUUGCUCCUUUUGCCUUAAUCCUGAAUCACUCCUUCAUGUUGUCGCUGGUUGUCAACAGUACUUUGAUCGCUUUACCUGGAGAGUCGAGACACGACUCAAUCCUUAACUUCAUUGCCAAGUCACUUCAACCUGUAAUUAAUGUUCACUCUUCACUCUAUGCAGAUGUUAAUGGUUUUCUGAAUCCCUCAAUAAUGACUGGUGAAAAUUAUCGUCCAGAUCUUCUUUUCCUAAUCCAGUCCAAGUGCCUAUAUGUUCUAGAAUUAACAGUUGGUUUCGAGUCUCACCUUAACAGCAAUGCAGUGCGUAAGAAAGAAAAAUAUCUGAACUUGAUCAACGAAAUGAGUAGAAAUUACAGAUGUGUGAGAUUUGUAAAUCUCUCCAUGAGUUCCAUUGGCGUUUUCUCCGAUGAAUGCUCCACGUUCUUAGACAUGAUGAAUGACAUUGGCAUUGAUAAAAAGCAGCAACGUUAUAUAAUGAAGAAAAUGAUAAAUAUAGCCAUUAGAGCAACAUAUUACAUCUUUUGUUGUAGAAAUAGGAACUGGGAUAGCCCAGACUUGAUUUUUUUUUAUUUUGGUUUUAUUUUGUUUUGUUUUUGUUUUCUUUUUAAUAAUCCAAUCUCAACCAGCAUUUGUAAAUUGCCUAUACAUAGCGAGAUUUACAAUUGUACAUUCAAAAACACAAAUAAAGUUUCCAUCAUUAUUAUUAUUAUCUUUACUAAUCACAUCUUCUGGAUGGUUUGCUGGAGUCUUUCUUUGAAAUAAAUUCACUGCCCAUGACCUCAGCCAUCUAAGACUUAGCAAACGAUUCUGGCUGUUCCCAAGCUCUCUGUAAUGACUCUGAAUGACAUGUGACAUCAAGCUCAAUAGAGAUCAAACUUACAAUAACAUGGGAAGCAAAUUUCAGGAAUCUAACAAGUGAGUCCCUAACAUUCAAGAUCUUGGGAAUUGAAUGAAUGAAGACACUCAGCAAGACAUUAAUAAGUGAGAGCGUUUGUCGGUGACACUGGGCAUCAGUUAAGAAGGCGUCUUCAGCUGCAGCUAUUUUGAGUUCAUCUAUGAAACCUCUAAUUCAAAAUGACAUGAGGUUUACUUGGUUGAUAUUCUCAAACGGUGUUACAAUCUUGGACAAAAACGUCAAAAAAAAAAUGCAUGUUGAGUGUGUAAUAAACACUAUUAUCUUGAAAUCUCAACAGGAUUUAUUUAUGAACUAACAAAAACUUGAUGUACAAAGUCAGCCAUUUGGCAAGAGCACAUAGUAAAGCGAAAAGACACACUGCGCAUGUCCCUAGUGUUACUUAGCAACCAUGAAAUAUUACAGCGCAAUAUUAACACAUAUCCCCUUUUUUGAAGAAAACGGGUACUACAAAAUGAACUGGUUGAAUACGAUGCUUAAGAAUGUUCUGAAAUCUAACAAAAUAGAGCCCCUUAGCAUAAGUUGUCCCAUGGUAAAGACAAAAGUUCAGUGUUCAACGUUCACAGUUAACAAAAUCAACUCUACUAAAUGUCCUUUCUAUAACGAAUAGGUUUUCUAACAAGUCUACCACUUGAGGUUCUCUGUUCUGGAAUCGCGUUCUUAUCUCUUGUGUAAGGACUUGUGUUGCUGCUUUCAGGAACGUUGGUAUCCUCCACCUGGACAACCUUGGGAGUAGGCUCACCGUUGAUAUCCGGAAUUUGGGAGGCUUCCCCUGAUGUGUCAUGAUGAGUGGGUGUAGGGACCUUUCCAAGAUGCCUACGAUUCCUUCGAAACCUUUGACCACAAGUGCCUAUGAUGUAUGACCUGGGACUUUGGUCUUCACUAACGACCGUAGCUUUCGUGGUCCACUGCUUCUCAUUAUCCAGUUUGGCUCUAACCCAGUCUCCUUGCUGUAGCUUUGGUAAUUCUCUCGAGCCUUUCCUUUGUCAAAGGAUUCCUUGUAACCCCUUUUCGCUUUAAUAUUAGCUCUUUUGACUGCUGUAAUGGUUUGAACGUUUUGGCUCUAAAACUUUGCUCAGUGUUGGGAGGGUAGUACGUAUCAGUCUUCCCAUGAUCAGCUCUGGUGGUGUCUUUCCAGUUGCUGGGAUUGGGGUUGCACGAUAGGCCAUAAGAGCAACGAAUGGAUCCUCCUGUUUCAGAAUCCGCUCAUCGAUUCGCACGCCACCUUCUGCAGCACCUUUUGCCUGGGAAUGAUGCGGGCUUGAUGUAGUGUGCUUGAAUCCAUAUUUUGUUUUGAACUCAUCAAACUGUAGUGACUUGAAAUGUUUACCAUUGUCACUUAUUAGUUCCUUCGGAAUUCCCCAUCUUGCAAAUACUGACUUCAGCUUUUGGAUGACAACUCGGCUUGUUGUCUCAGUUAGGCUUAAGGCUCAACUAGGCUUAAUAUCUCGAUGAACCUUGGCUAGCUCAAACAAAUCGGUAGACACCUUCUGCCAGGGCCUGUCAGGUAGGUCUGUGGUCAUCUUUGUUUCCUUUCUUUGUGGUGGUCGUUUUUCUGACAGAAUUGGCAUGACUCCACCUUUGUCUUGAUCUCUUUAAGAAAUACCCGGACACCGCAGGGAAAGGUUAUCACGUUCACGGCACUCGUUAUACACUUUAUACCCUGGUGACCUGUGUGAAGACGCUCCGUAUCUCCUCUCUCAUGUCUGCAGGGAUCACUAUGCGAUCAUCAUAUGUUAAUAAACCAUUGCUCAUUGACAAGUGUCCACAAGAAUCAAAGAACUCUCGUAUCUGGAGGGGACUUCUUCCACAUAUGUUGGCCACCCUUCUAAUGUGAACUCCAUCAUUUUCAGGAGCUGGAAAGCCUUCUCUGAUUCUCUUAAGCUGAUCACCUGUGGCUGGUCAUGUAGAUUCAACCAAGUCUACAAAUGCCUGAACGUUUUCUACUAUGUUGGGUUCCUGUUCUAACUUACAAGGGCCUCCGAACAGAGUAUCUGUCACCACCAUGUGCUUGCCAGGUACAUGUUCUGCUCGAGGAUUGACCUGCAUAAGGCACAUCAGAAGCCUCUGGAAUCUUAGUGGUGUUUUAUCAAGAUCUCUGUGGUUGAUCAGUGGUACCAGAGGUUUGUGAUCUGUCAAGAAAUGGCACUAAUAUCCGCACCGGUAUGAAUUUUGAACACCACAGGUUUACGCCUGAUCUUAAGCUGGACCUUCUAUUUAUCAUCCUGAUCCGAAUCACUUGACAACGCACCUAAGAACCAACGACCAACACGGCUAUCAUUUGAAGCACUGCCACUAUCGCUAUUCACCUCACUCACAGACAUGGACCAACAAACGGCUGCAACGUGGCCCACCUUUUGACAUUUCAAACAUCGUUUAUCUUUUGCUAAACAGUGUUCAGGCUUUGAGUGAUGAAGACCGCAUCUACCACGCUUCUUCUGACCUUGCUUUUGGGAUGGAUCCUCUUUAUUUCCUUUUCCCUUUUUCCAACGUGGAUUAGUCGGCUUCUUCUUACUGUGCACCUCUUCUACACCCUUUGAUGCGAGGGAAUUCUGAUCUGUAAUCUCGCUGAUACUUGACCAUUUCUGACUGGCGAGCUAUUUGAAUCGCGACUUCCAGCGUUAAAUCCGACUUUAAAUGCAAUUUCUGCGACACAGCUUUCUCCAGAAUUCCAAUGACAAUUUUGUCCCGUAUUUGUUGAUCACGACUGUCCCCAAAAUCGCAGUGUUCGGUUAAUUCGUAAAGACUUCGUACGAACGGUUCGACUGUCUCUCCUUGCUUUUGGAUCCUUUGGUGAAAAUGUGCCCUCUCGUGAAUUAUGUUUCCUUUCGACACGAAAUGCUCAUCAAACUUUGCUAAAAUCACGUCGAAUUGUGCAUCAUCUCUAUCAGCUAAGGUAAAAGACUUGUACACGUGUUCUGCUUUUCUUCCCAUUGUGUAAAUGAGAGCACUGACUUGCACGGCGCCUUCCUCUUUGUGAACUUUCGUCGCGAGUCGAAAUCGCAGGAAAUUCUGCUUCCAAUCUGGCCAGUCGAGCGGUUUGGAAGGAUCAAAUUUCUCUGGAGGGCUUAAUUUCAGCGUUUUACUUGUUUAACCGCUGCCACCAUGUCUUGACAUUUCAACGGGAUUUAUUUAUGAACAAACAAACUUGAAGUACAAAGUCAGCCAUUUGGUAAGAGCACAUGGUAAAGCGAAAAGACAUACUGCGCAUGUCCGUAGUGUUACUUAGCAACCAUGAAAUAUUACUGCGCAAUAUCAACAGCAGUAUUAAAGCACGAUUGAUUUAACAUAAUCCCCCCACCCUUUCCCCCAAUAAACAAUGAUGAAGUCCAGCCAGAUUGCUUUUGUGCCCGAAUGAACUAUUUUGGUUAGGGUGGGGUAGGGGGAGGGGGUUACUCUGGUGCCAAAUCUGCAUGGUUGUCCUGUGUUGUUGUUAUCAAUAGUUAUACUUACAGUGUUCUUACCACACCGCGGCAUUGCGGCAUUUGCGCACUUUUACAGAGAAUGCCGCACGCCCAAGGAGUCACAUGGGCGCAAACAGGAAAAACCUAUUACAAAACGCACAUAAACGUACGUACACACACGUACAUUUCCUUAUAAGCCAAUAGUUACUUGGUUAUGGCUUCUUUACUCUAACUCAGAGCCGUAUGACGUUGAGUUAACUGUAUGUAAAAAUUGGAUAUUUUAUUAUCUAAGAAAGUGCGAGGUAUUUACUCUAACUCAGACCUGUGAGGUAAAAGUUGAGUUAACUGUAUCUAAAAAUUGUGACCCGCUUUUCUCCCUCAUGACCCCCUUUAUCUGCUCCAUGGGUCGUGUGGACCCCAAGGUGGAAAAUCCUGGUAAGAACACUGUACUUACCCUAAUAAUAUUUUGAUAGGUAAACAUGGCUGUUCAAGCGAUCACUGUGUGGAACUUGUUUAGCGGAUUAAUGACAAUUGGUGAAAUGAACUAUGACUGGAGUCAAGGGGGCAAUCCUGACUUCAUUGUGAGUAAGGAUUUGCUUAUUUUAUUGUGAAGGCAUUUACACCUUAAAUGUUCAAUCUUUAGGUCUUGCAGUCCGCUUUUCGAAAGUCCCGGUAACUUUUCUAGCCCGAAAUAAAACGCUUUUAAAAUCAAAAUGUGUAGUUCCAGAAAAUAUCCAUACCCUCCACCCCCCACGGAGGGAAACGGAAAUUCGGAGGGGAGGGGGAGUCCAAAAUGAGGCAAUUUUCGAGGGGGUGGGGAUAGCCUCUCGAGCUCUUUUUUCCGGGGGGUCCGAGUAAGAUUGGUGAGUUAUUUAAAACUAACAGCGUUCUCUUGAGCACGCUAUCAGUUACCUUACUGUUUGUCGGUGUUUCAAAGCAAAAACUAUUGUUUUCAUCGAUGAUCCUUUAUUUGUGGUCAGCUGAGUGCUUUUUUCAUGGCUUGUACGAUAGUUCAUGUAACACGAUUGUCGUUCGCUCCUUAAUAAACUUGGUUGCUUUGUUGCUCUGUUGCUUUGUUAUACAAUAUAUUGUGGUAUUCACAUGCCUCGUAUCCAGACGUCUCUCUCUCCCUUUCGGUUCAUCGCCAGUCGCUCGCCUCUACCUGGCGAAAAACUGAGCGCCUGAGGAAGAGGCUGGAUAUUCACUACACUGUGGUCAUGUUCCAUAUUUUUCACGCUUUAUCGCAGAAACAAUCGUCUUUUGCAUAAAAGUAUGGUGCAACGGCAUUUUUGAGGGAAAUAUUCUUUCCAGCGGGCACCAAACCAAGUUCGAAAAUUACUGAAAUUCCAGGAGUUAGGGGGAUAUGACAAGCACCCCCUGGAACGGAAAUUCCAGGGUGGUGGGGGGUGUAAAAUAAAAGUGCCCUCCGUCGGGGAGGAAUGGGAUAUUUUCUGAAACUACACAAUCUACAGAACUGAAAGUGAGAUCUUAGCUGACAAAGCAUUCACUUCUGUUAUGUUAACUGGUUGUUUUAUCAUGUUAUUUGAACAACUAUUGAAAGCUCUGUCUUGGAUGUAAUCAACAGCAGCUUUCCGGGCCCAUUAAUUAUCGGGACUUUCAGAAACAGGCUUCUGGUUCAAGGCUUGCUGUCAUGUUGUUUCCUUACAUAAGAAACGUUUUUGUGUGCUGAGAUAGUAAAUGCAGUAAAUACGGAACUACAUGUAAAUCCUGUGAUAUGCGAGUGUGGACAUUAGAAAGAUGUGAAUUGUUUGUUGGCUGGUUUUUCUUCAGCAGAAAUUCAAAAGAUGAAUGUGCACAUGACCAUAUACCUGAACUUCCCGUUGGAAGGCAUUAAAACCACAGCCAGGUUGCUGUACAUGGCACACGGAAGAGAAGGGAAUGGGAAUUGCCAUUACUUAUGUGCAACUACUGUAACUCUGUUUCGCUUGUCUUGUUUGUUUGUUUGUAGUGCUUAGUGCAGUGCAGGAAAGAUGUCUGUGAAAGACUAGGCCUCAGUGAGGAAAAUGUGGAGCUGAGUAUGGGAAUGUCAAGUGAUUUUGACAAAGCGGUAAGUACCCUAAUCCAUGGCUGGUACAACUAGCUGGUACUGUAGUUAUUUGAUUUACGUGUUGCUAUUAACACCAUAGUGCCACAGAAGUACGCAUAAUGCUCAAGAAACCUUGCCCUGCCCUGCAUUCAGGGGUAUCUACAUUGGGGAUGCCUGACCAUGGAUUAUCAUUGAUUUAUUGAUCUUGGUACCAGUUGUCGAAAGUCCCGUCUAUGCGACAACUGCGACAAGGGUCUCAAGAAAGGAAUUGCUAGCCCAAAGACGUUCCUUCCUUAGGUCUUUCUUCAAAGUAUUAUCUGAAGCCUCAUCUUAACGUGUUGCUUUGAAACUAACAUUACGCGGAACUCACGCUAUUCAAAGCAAGUUUGCCUUGGGCCGGUGAAACGUACAUGUACAGAUUUUGUUUCAAAAAGUAGAACCACCCUCUACAUUCUGCAACAGCUUUUCGCAACCCACAACAACCUGAUUUGUUGCUAGACAAGUUUCAUUCGUGAGUGGUAAAACGCGAAACAUCUUUUUUCACUCAACAAGUUGCACCUUUUUGUUUCCCGUUUUAACGUACCUUAAAAAGAAACGAUUUUUAAUGUCUUACAGAUUUUAAUGGGAAGUACAAAUGUGCGAGUAGGCAGUACAAUAUUCGGUGCCAGACAACCUAAACAACCAAGCAGUGCCAAUGCUGCGGGGGGAAUUCCUCAGCAAUCCCCGCGGGAAACAAUGGUAUCCGGUGGGACCUCUCAAUCAAAAACGUCCCAAGGAACAAACCCAGCGGAACAAGACACUUUUCCUCCGGAGAGUUUCAAUGUGCACCAGCGGUGA